AAAAUUUAAACACAUAUUAAUAAUAAUUGAGUCAAAUGUUGUUGUUCUUUCAUCUUCAACCUAAACCCUAACCCAAAUCCUACUCAAAUUUUCUCUGAUGCACCCGACCUAGCUACAGUUUUCACAUUUCAUUUAUGGCUAAGAGAAUAAAAUCAAUAAUGAUGAUGGUUGAGGAAGACAAAGACAGAAUUUCAAAACUACCUAAUGCAUUGAUCGUACACAUACUGUCGUUUCUUCCCACUAAGGAUGUGGUUCGGACUUGCCUCCUUUCAAAACGUUGGAAACUCAUCUGGUAUUUUGUUCCUAAACUCUCUUUCUGCAAUACUGAAUCUCAUUCCCAAGAAGAGUUCUUUCAUUUUGUGGACAAGUGUUUGGAACACCGUAAGAUAAGUAGGAACUUUGUCCCUGAAUCAAUGGUUACUAAUUUUGAGCUUCAAAUGAAAUUCUAUGAUAGAAGUUUAGUUGGUUGCUUAGAUAAAUGGUUAGCUUUUGUAGUUGACAAUAAGGUGCAGGAAAUAAACCUUUGUUUGGCCCCAGAUAGAUCUGAGGAGAAUCACCAAAUUUACUACUACAGAUUACCUAAAACACUAGUAAUCAAUGCAAAAUAUUUGAUUAAUUUGGUGUUGAGUGAUGUUGAGUUGGAUUCUAGCUACUCAUUUGAUUUUCCAUCCUUGAAAUCGUUGGCAUUGCAUUAUGUUCGGUUUGCUGAUAUUGAUGUGGUUGAUAAGCUGUUGUUGGGUUCCCCUUUUCUUGAGAAUUUUCAGCUAUGUCGUUUUCAAAGUUCUUAUCAGGAGGAUCAGCUCUGUAUACACAGUUCAAGCCUCAAAUUCUUGCAAAUUAAAUGUAAUACUUAUGUGCCAGUGCUAAUUGAAGCGGUAAAUCUUGAAUCUUUGGACCUAUUUGGUGUUUCCUUAGGAAAAAUCACUCUCUCUGUAUGCAAGGCAAUUAAAAAUCUCGUGUUAAUUUGUGUUUACGGUAUGGAAGAUUCAUCAUCGUUAGAAUAUCUUAUUUCAAACCUUCAUCAACUUGAGAAUUUGACCUUGUGUGAUUUGGUGUUGUUGCGGUUGAAGCAUGUUAAAAUCUCGAAUCAUCACUUGAAAACUUUGAAGUUGAAUUGUACUUGUUCAUCUAUAGAUGAAAAGGAAGUUAUAAUUGAAGCUCCAAAAUUAGUAUCAUUUUGUUAUGAAGGAUAUAUCAAUCAUAAUAUAUCAAUAGAGUCAUCCAAUUUGUUGAAUGGAAUAUUCAUUUUUCUUGAUCAUUAUAAGAAAUAUGAUGCAAUUUGGUUUGUCGAUAUGAUGAAUUUUUUUGUGAAUCUUAAUUGCUCUCCAAAGACAGUAAGGCUUGAUAUCGACUCAGAAAAGGCUCUCAUAUUCCCAGAAAAAAUAAAGAAGAUAUGUCGUACUCCUUUAGUUAAUUGGGAGCAUCUUAGAGUUUUUACUAGAUCGAAACUGGAAUGGGAAUCAGAAUUGAGAGAUGCUCUGCAUUGGAUUUCUCCUUCUUUAAAGAGUCUAUCUAUAAUGGAAAGGGCUUAUACUAGUUCCUCUUCAACAUUUUAAACAAUGGUUAUAACUUAUGUGUAGUGAUGACUGUCUUCUAUUAGUUUUCUUUGCUAAUAGAAGAAAACUAACAUUGUUAUGUAGUGGUACUUUGAGUUUGGUUUGUGAGAUAUUGUAGUCUUCUUAAUGUUAUAUCCUAAUGAGAAUUUCUGUCCUAUUUCUUCUCUU